AUGAUAAUACCUGAAAAUCAUCACUUCACGAACAUCAUUAUCGAAACUCUACAUCGGGAGCAACUACAUGUCGGACAGAAUGGCUUGUUGGCAAAGAUAAGAGAACAGUUCUGGCCAGUCAAUGCUAAGCGCACCAUCAAUCGUGUGCUUAGAAAAUGUGUAAGAUGUUUCCGUGUAAACCCCAAGGACGUACAACAGUUUAUGGGAGAUUUGCCCAGUGCCCGUGUGACCAUAGCACCGCCAUUCGAAAGAACAGGUGUGGACUACGCUGGGCCGUUCUUAAUCAAACAAGGACGAUCAAAGGCUCCGACGAAGGCAUAUGUUUGUCUUUUUGUUUGUAUGUGCACCAAGGCUAUUCACUUAGAAUUGGUGAACUCGAUGACCACCGAAGGAUUUCUUGGAGCGUUGCAACGAUUUGUUGGGCGACGCGGAAACGUAUCCGAUAUCUAUUCAGACAAUGGCUCCAAUUUUAUUGGAGCUAAACGGGAGCUUCAAGAGUUUUUGCAUUUGUUGAAGUCGCAGAUUCUGGAGGAAAAGGUGGCAACCUUCUGUCAACCAAGAGGAAUAAACUGGCAUUUUAUGCCGCCCAGGGCUCCCCACCAAGGAGGUUUAUGGGAGGCCGGGGUAAAGGCGAUGAAGACACAUAUGUACAGAACGCUGAAGGAGGCCUAUUUAACAUAUGAAGAAAUGUGUACGCUACUAGUUCAAAUAGAAGCUAUACUCAAUUCCCGGCCACUGGUUGAGCAGAGCAAUAAUCCAACCGAUUUUAGGGCACUCAGCCCCGGGCAUUUUUUGGUUGGUCGAGAACUGAUAGCUGAGCCGUCCUACAUUGACUUGAAGCAACAUACGCUCACCAGAUAUCAGUUAAUCCAGCAAAGAAAGGAGUCGUUUUGGCGCAGGUGGUCCCGUGAAUAUAUUACCGGACUACAGAAACGAGGGAAGUGGUAUAAGGGUUCUGAGCCGCUACGCGUAGGACUUGUGCUACUGAAAGAGGAAAACGUGCCACCACAAACAUGGAAGUUGGGAAGAAUUGUGGAAGUACACCCCGGUAAGGACGGGGUCAUUCGCGUUGUAGCUGUAAGGACGAAGAGCGGCGUUUAUCUGAGACCGACCACCCAAGUUGCGAUUUUACCUAUACGUGACGAAGAUGAGUAG